AUGUACGAAGGCGCAAAGUCUCAUGUAAAUCGGGAAGACUAUUUGAUGGGAAAGAAGGUUCCAUUUGAGGAUUUUGAGAAAAUUGCACAUUUUUUUUCCAGGUUGACAAAAACUUCGAGAAAUAUUCUGAUGUUGUAAAUGCUGAAAAAGCUGAGGUUAUAGAAACAAUUGCUCAAACAAGGUACAAGAAUAAUUAAAGAUUAGUAGUCAUGAUUUCGCAGAAUAGUUUACAAUCCCUCGUCAACCUCGACGUCCAAAACUUCUUUCUUGCAAAAAGACAUUAUCAAAACAGAAGAUCCGUUUGUUGCUGUCAAGGUUUCAAAAUGCACGUUUCAUGAUUUUCAAUAUAUUCUUUAGAUUCGCGAAGAAAAGAAACGAAGAGAGAUGAUGGAAAAUCCAUUAGUAAAGCUCAAGUUUCAAAAGAUGAUCAAAGAGAUGAUGACGGAUAAAGAGAAGAAAAAGAAAAAGAAGAAAUCUAAGAAGAAGGAAAAGUCGAAAAAAGAAGAUGGUCGCAAAGAAAAGGUAAUAAGUCAGUCAACGUGAAAUAUUCUUGUUUUAGAAAAAGAGGUCAAGAAGCUCUUCCAGCUCUUCGGAAAAUGAUACAGAUGAAGAUGACAGGAAAAAAGUUUUAAUUUCUUUCUUUUUCGAUCGUGCCAAAACUUUUCUUUUUCAGAAGUCGAGACGUAUUUCAACGUCGCAAUCCAAGUCUUCAGUCAGUAUCUUUUUUUUUCUGUCAAUGAAAAACUCGUUCAUUCAGAAAAAGGGUGCCCGAUCGCGAAGUUCUUCUAGAAGUAUUGUGAGCGAAGAUGAUAGAAAAAAUGUUUUUUUUUUGUUGAUCCGUGUAAUUUUCAUGUUCCUUUUUCAGCGUUCGAGAGGAGAUCGUAGCAUAUUCUCUUCGCGAAAAGACAAAAAGUCGGAGGUUUGUUUUUUUUUCCCCCUUUUGUCUUGAGAAAUUUUUUCUAGAAGGAUAAGCGCAGAAGCAGAAUUUCGAGAGAUCGAUCUUCUUCUGGUGAAGAAGCGGAAAAGCACAGAAGGAGAGCGGUAGCCACUCUUUCGAUAUUCUGGACUGAGAUUUUCAUUCCAGAAACAUUCGCCUUCGCCUAAAAGAAGGAGAAGAAACUCUUCAACAGAAAAAAGAGGCGAUAGAAGGUUCGAUUCACGUGUUUUCAAGCUCAUCAACAAUCUUUUUCAGCUCUCGUUCACACACAGUCAGUAGGAAACAGGGGGAUUCUGAAAAGGAUCGACAUCACAAAAGGUUAUCCUAAUUCUAUGAAGAUCUUCGUUAAAUUUUUUUGGAAAGGAACAGAAGUUCAUUAAAACAAUAGGGAGAUAAACUAGACAUUCCAGUUUUUUUCUCAUUUUCAACUUUUUUUCGAAAAGAAACUAUUCGUCUUUUAUCACUGUCAAUUUCUUAAAAUGCAAAUGUAAUGAAUAUUUUAUAUAAAUUAGAGGAACUUGUAUUAGCUAUUUAAAACGUUCACUCAAAGAAAUAAAAAAAUUCUUUUUUUCAUCUCGAUCCUCCAAUCCGGUGGGAUAACAUUAAAAACAGAUCAUUUUUAGAAAAAGCCUCCGUUUUUGAAUCUUUCGAGUAUUUCAAAUAUUUUUGAUCCAGAGAAUCCUCCUCGUCGGAUGAAGAACCAGAAACUUCUCGUCGCUUCGAUUCUCACAUUCCCGCCCAUUUGUUGUCAAAGGUUUGUUUUUUUGUUUCAUAACAUUUUUAAUUCUUUCAAAGUUUUGACUGUUCGCAAAGGCAUGUCAUUCGUUUGAAAAACAAAAAAAGCGUUGAGAAAUGUUUCAAAUUCAGACAUUUUAAUUUUUUUCAAAUUUCUCAUAGAAACGAACCGAAAAAAACAUAGUAAAAAAACUUUUUUUAUUUGACAAAAAAAUAUUUUUUUAUUGAUUUUAUCUUUCCAUAUUUUUCCCUAAGUUGAUUUACUUACCAUCGAACUUUUUUUAAUUUAGAAAAAAAUAUUAAUUUUUUUAAUAUGUCUUAGGGAGAAGACGGUCAUUCCAAAAAAGAGGACGCAGAAGAGAAACCCAGAAAUUACGGUUUGAUUGAGGUGAGAAUUAAUUUUCAUAAGUGAAAAGCGAAAAUUUUUAGCUAAAAUCAAGAACUGACAAAGAAAAAGAGAGAGACGAAAAAAGCGAAGAAAAGUCGAAUCCAUAUACUUUUGCACGGUUACCGGGAUCCCGUGCAGCUCGCAUCAAUCAACCAAAACAGGCAAGAAAAAAAUCUUUUUCACUUUGUUUUACUCUGAAAAAAACCUUUUAAAGCGCUAGAAAAAUUGAAGCGCCUAAUUUCAUUUUUUUUUAAUGAUUUUUUUUAAAACACCAUGUUCAUUGUUUGCCUUUAUAUAUAUAUUUUUUUUUCUUUUUUUGUGAAGUGAAUUUCUUAUUCCUCUGGUACUAAAUAUCGAAAAAAGCCAGAAAUUAUUUCCCGAUUCUCAAUCUGAAUCUUUCCGAAUUUCAGGAAGUACCAGAGAAAAGGAAGCUGACCGAAGAGGAAAAACAGCGAAAACUGCGGGAAAUGCAGGCAAACGCCGAAUGGAGAGACGAAACUCGGAGCCGGAACAUCAGCAAGGCCAAAAAGGACGACGAAGAAGAGGACGAGGAAGCCGCGACCGCCAAGGCUCCUUCUUUCAUCAGGUUCUUUAUUCACUUUUCAUUCGAACCAAGUUAAUGUACAGAAAUCGCUUCCGUAUCUUCGAAAUUACACGCUCCCAGGUUAAAAAUAUACUACGGGGUUCGGCAAGAUAAACAGGAGAAUUAAUCGCUUAAAAAUUACAAGCCUUUAGUUUUAAUAUCUAUGCUAUAAAAAAUUAAAAGUUGAAAAAGAAGUUUCUCCAUGAUUUUUCAUUUACAAUUUUUGAAAAAAGUAAUCUCAACAUUCCAGGGCUCAAAUCAACAGCGCUUGUGACGACUUGUCAGUUGAAAAAAGGCUACAGAGCAGCAAAGGCAGCGUCCAACGAUCACACGGUUACAUGGAGAAAAAUUUCGCACGCAAGUAA